UCCUACAGUAAAUAUUUGUGUUUGCCCAGCCGGCUGUAAUGGUGGACGAGUGAGGGGAAGGAAAAACGGAAUCCAACUCGAGUGAGGAAAUAGGAAAACGGUCGAAAGUCUGAGCCGCCGCGACUAGGACACAGGCUUCGUCGAAAAUGGAUGAACUUAAACAUCAAGUCAUGAUUAAUCAGUUCGUCCUGACGGCGGGUUGUGCGGCGGACCAAGCCAAGCAGCUCUUGCAGGCGGCACACUGGCAGUUCGAGACUGCCCUCAGUGCCUUUUUCCAAGAAACAAAUAUCCCCUAUGGCCAUCAUCAUCAAAUGAUGUGCACACCAGCCAACACACCAGCGACACCCCCAAAUUUCCCAGACGCCCUGACCAUGUUCUCCCGGCUCAAGGCGUCAGAAAGCUUCAACAGCAGCAGCCCCAUGGCGGCGUCCAUGGCCACCUCCCCUCCACCCCCUCAGGUCGGCGGCUGGGGGGUGUCACCAAACGUACCCAACAUGCCGACGCCCUCACAGGGACUCUGGACUCCGGGGCAACCCCCCACACAACCAUGCCCCGCUUGGCCCACGGGUGUCAACCCCCACGCAGGCGCCGAGCAAAAGGCUAGUGUAGCAAUGGAGGCUGAGAGAUGAAGAGUCACGGCGGGACUGAAACCCUGCCCUGCCUCCCCCCGGAUGAUUGGGAUGGAGAGAGGGCGACCAUAUGAUAAUUUGUCAUUUUCCCCAAAUGGACGGAUGAGAUGGAACCUACGCAAACCAAGAGAUACUUUGGGUGAACUAUUAAGGAGUAAACCAAUGCAAAAGUAGAAAUACAGGAUACGCACACACAUAGAAAUAAAAGUAUGUGAAGGUUGUUUUUUUCCCAAGAGAAUUAUUGGAAUUGUAAAAAAUUGUUUGAAAAAAGACAAAAAAAAUCAUGCCCAAGGAUUUUAUGAGAUGUUCAAGGACAUUCAAGGCAGAAAUUUUUUUAGAAUUGUUUUCACCCCAACACUUCUUUUUACUAGCCAGUGUUUUUUUUCCACUGGUCUUCUUGAGUUUCUGUCUGUGCUGCAUGACAAGAGAGGAACUUGCAAUGCAGUGUUUUACAGUGACUGAAUCAUCACGCACUAGAGUGUGUGUCUGUGUGAGUGUGUGCGUGUGUAAGAUCGUGAGAGCAGGAUUUGUUAUCAAAAUGCAUACACACCAAUAUAUAAAUCUAUAAAUGUAUACGUAAACACACACAAAUACACACAUUAUCGCUCAGAAGAAAACACCUCCGUCAAAGUGGGGCUUCCUCUUACCUCACCUGGUGGUCACCUGACUUCUUUUUAGCCAAUCAGGGAUUCUUCUUAAACCAACAGUUUCCUCUUGAAAACACAGGACAUGUUCUUAAAAAUGUGCUUCUCUUAAGGGCGCUUGUCGCUUUGGUUCAUGCUAUUCUCGCCGCAGCGGCUUAUUUCCGAAGCCGAGUCUACAACUGUAUACUUUUAUGAAAUUAUUGGUUGUACAAGAAAACAUGGUUUAAUGUAAUAUUGUUUGUAAAUGCUGAUAGUUUUUAUUAUGUUGGAGGACUUAAGGGAGGUGGUUCUGCUAAAAAAAAAAAAAAUACACGACUACUCCAUUUUUCUACACAAAUACGCUUUUUUGCAUGAUGUGUCUGUAACAUCUUUUAUAGCAAACAUACUGUAUGUUUCCAAAGCUAAUCAACUAAUUUGAAUCAGAUCAUCUCAGACUGAUAGCAAAUUGGCAAAAAGUGUCUUGUUGAUCACAACAUCAGGACAACAUGGGUAACGCUAACCAAAAGCUAUUUGUUACCAAGGUUAAUAGGGCCACACUGAUUUAAAUAAACAAGUAUACAAUCAUAACAUUUCGAAAUAAAAACUGCAAUUACAAGAAUGAAGUAACAAUUUUAAGAGAAAAAUGUUUUUAUGAGAAUUAAGAAAUUCAUUAACAGUGACUGUUUUUGUUAAAUAUUAUCAUGUAGUUACUAAACAGCAAGUUGAUUGUCACUUCAAUCAUUAAAACUGCAAUAAUAGUACUUUAUUGUGAUAUUUUUUAAAAGACAACUACAAUUUGUAUUUUUUAUAGUAUGACAACCUAAUUUACAUUACUUUUCUCUUGAAAAAUUGCACUUUUUUUUCUUAAAUAAUUACGAUUUUACUCUUCUUGCAACGUAACUUUCUUGUACCAUAACAAUGUAUGCGUUAUAUAUUUGUUCUGUCUUGUAACAUCAUUAUUUUUUUCUUCCUUACAAUUUUUACCAUGUUGUUUUAAUGUAACAACAGAUUUUAUUUUCAAUGUGGCCCUAAUAAUCCUUUUGUAAUGUGGACUCCCUGCAGAUAGUAUACUUGUAUCCAACUGCCGUCUGACAGGAUUUAAAGGGUGUAGCGUUGCCCAGUCCUCUUUGCUGAGGGUGGGAAGGGGCUGCUCAGGGGUGACCCUGAUUUACGGCAAUAUAUUACACAAGGUUCUGCCCUUGGUUUUAAUUUGUUUGUAUCAUUAUUGUUUUGUUUUUUUAUUAUUAUUUGAUGAAAGAAAAAAAUGUGGCGAUACACAAUAUAUUAACUAGCAGGUGUCUUUUCAAAGAUUUAAAAAUAUUAGGGAAAUUAUGGAUAUAAUAAUGAAUAAAUCAUUUGAUAUGAUUUACUUUAAACUUGAGCUUUGGUUCAUUUUCCCCACGCUUCAUACUUUAUUUGGUUUAAAUCUGAGUGUUUUUGGGUUGGCUUGUUCAUAAAUGGUUUGUUCAUGUAUGUCCACACCCCCCACUUUGUAUGACUGUAUAAGACCAUUCCCACAAUAUUUGUGGACUACCUUGAUAAUUAACUUAUCAUUUUUGUGAACCUAAAUAAAUAUUGUUUGUCAACCUAA